GUAUGGUGAGGUGUUCUACUUAGCUUUUAUCUAUGGAGUUUGGAUCUUCAUUUGGGAGGUGCUUCAAGGCAGCAAAACCUCAUCUACUUAUCUCUACAAGCUCUAAGAACACCAAUAUCAUCACGUUGAGUAGUAGAAAUCAGAGAGUCUCAUUCAGAGUCUCUGCUGUUUCGUAUAAGGAAUUCGCCGAGUCUGCUCUGGAAGAAACCAGGAAGAGGGUUCUUCUUGAACCUUCACCUCUCCAGGAAAGGUAUAGUAGCAUGACAGGACAUGAUGGGAAAACUCAACUUCAAAUACUUGCUUUGAAAUUUCCAAAGAUUAGACUCUUGCGGAGCAUGGCCAUCGAAAACGAGACCAUGCAGGUAUUUGACUUUGCUGGUUUCAUGAAGCCAGAGUAUGAUACGCCCAUAUUCUGUGCUAACUUCUUCACAUCUGCCAACAUGAACAUAGUUGUCUUGGAUCUAAACCCUUUGCAUCAAUUGACUGACCAUACGAAUUACCGAGACAAGUAUUACAAAAACAUUAUGUCCAUAUAUCACAAAUAUGCUGAGAUUUUCCCAUGGGGAGGAAAACUGACCGGUGAAUCCAUAAAGUUCUUUUCGCCUUUGGUGAUGUGGACCAGGUUUUCUUCUAGCCAAGAAAAACAUAACGCUUUGUUCUCUGCCUUCCUUGAAUACUAUCAGGUAUGGCUUGAGAUGACAAUCCAAGUGAAAGAGGAGAUGGAGCCAUCUCAGGUGAGAGCCAACCGUGAAGCACAGCACAAAUACCUGACUUGGCGAGCACAAAAGGAUCCUGGACAUGCUCUUCUUAGGAAACUGCUUGGUGAAGCAAAGGCAAAGGCGUUGCUGAGAGAGUUCCUGUUCAAUGGAGUGGAUGAGUUGGGCACAAAAACAUUCAUUGAUUACUUUCCAGAGUACGAGACAGAAGGUGGAACUGUGAGUGAUAAACGAAGCAUCAUUGGCAAGUCUUUUGAAACUCGGCCUUGGGAUUCAAAUGGACAAUUCAUUGGCUGAACUGCUCCUCUAGGUACUUAUUCCAUGGUUUUAUGUGAACAAGAAGUUUGAUUUCAGUUUGUGGCAUCAAGAAGUCAUCAACACAAGAUGAAACUGAGCUAGAGGAAGUGAGAAUAAAAGAGCAGCAUAAAGAGUCUCUCAGGUCUCUGCGUUAUACAUACUUAGGCAUCUCCUCCGGGUUAUUGCUUUGAGUUACCAACACUGGUUAGUGUAGUUAUUAACAUUACAUGUUGCAAACACCGUUGUUAAAGGCUUAAAGCAUUUGUAAUCUACUGAUUAGGGAGGAUUGGUUAUAAAGGUUAGCGAGCUAGCUGACUUCUAAGAACA